UGCGCCAAGUCGCUCAGUUAACGUGGGUUAACGUCGGCAGCGCUGCAUGAGAUGUGAUAUGUUUCUUAUUUGCGAAGAAUGUUGGGUUACGAUAGACAAAGCCAUGCUACGAAAAAUCUCUUCUCAGACUCUUCCGACGAUGAUACCGGUUACGUUAGCAAAAAAGGAUCGAGCAGCGCAACCAGCGAAUUCGACGAGUCGAUACAAGCAAUGUGCGAUAUUUACGGACAGACGCCGCCGAGAACACGACUGAAUCGCAAGAAGAGGUAUAUGAAGCAGAAACUGAGUGGAGGAGAUGUUAAGUCGUUAGAGAAAGAAACGCCAUCGAAAGCAACGAUUCGCAGACGAAACACUUUGGACAACAUAAUAUUUAACGAGAUGUGCGACAAAGCAGACAGAGAUUGCGAGAACGAGUUCAAUCAGGACAUAACGAAGGAAGAGAAUCGAAAAUGUAAGAGAAGCUUGAAAUUGUUGCGCGGCAACGAAAGGGACUUAAAACUGGACAUGGAAGUGGCGUACAAUUAUGCCGAUAGAUCGGAUCACUACAAAGCGUCCACCCCGAAUCAUAUGAAGAUUGAAACUAGAAAUAGAUUUCGAAGUCUGCGGUCAAAGCCCGUCGAUAUAGAAGAGAAGAGGGUUCAAUAUGAAGUUGAAGAGCAAAGUUUAACUUCGGAUACCACGGAAUCAGUUGUUCAGUCGCCGAGGGCGCUGAGUUUUAAGGAACGAGAAAUAUUUCACGACACAUUUUCUUUUCUGAUUAGACUGGGAAGUACAGAACGCAGUUGUCGUCGUCAAAUGAGUCACGAAGAAUCUCGAUGGCAAAACGAAUUGAAAGACUUGAUAUGGCUCGAAUUACAAGCUCACCAUGCAGAUCGUAGUCCAAUGGCUCAAGACGAGUAUUUAUGUAAACAACGCGAGGGCGUAGAAGGGUUACUUAAAGAAAUAAUGGAAUACAGAUACGAUCCCAUCGCGAAUGUGAAGGAUAAUAAUGCACCUUGGAUCAAUGUUAACGACACAGAUGUUGAUCGAGUAAUGAAUCCUGGUUCAAGUCCAAAUAUAGAACUCGGAAUUUGUCCAGGUUGUCUUUCUAUGUACUGUAGAGCAUGUGCGCGAGCACAAGGUGAAGCGUUACAGCAAGUGGAAGCCCUGUUGGCUAGAUUGGAGGCAGCAGAAGCGCUUUAUCCUUCGUCGCAAGCCUUGGCUGCGCAUUAUCCAUUGUAUAAAAGUGCAGAAUUUACUAGUCGAGUAAAAGCAAUGUGUUUGUGGUAUAAUAUGACCAAACAUCAUCGUCUUAAAUUACAAAUUUUGGGAAAAUUACUAAUGAUGUUACAUACCAAGAAAAAACACGAUGAGACUGGAGAUUCUGGGAUAAGUUCACGAGGCUCAGACACAGUUGAUUCUUUGGAACAUCGCCAAACUCUGGUGCGGUUCGAAAUAUCAAAUCAACAAGAAGAAUGCUCCAGUCCCUCAGACAGUAACAAUAGUAAUAAUUCAUCAGCUGGUUUAUCUAUUGUACAAUCAUGGCCCCCUACUCCAGACACUUCUUGCACAUUUACGGAAUACGAGAGAGGCGAGCGACUUGAUUUUUAUUUGGUCGAGUUCGAUCGGCACGCUUACAGGAAGUAUAUCGAAGAUGUGUUGAAAACUCGAGGGCUUGGAAAAAGCUUAAAUUUCCUGGAGAGAUUGCACACUUCUAUCUUGAGAAAAGCAAGACUGACGUUAGAAAAAGGUAAUAUAAGUAAAUCUAGUGACGUAAACGAGGAAUAUGAAGGUGACGAACAGCUGCGUCGAUAUGGUGUAUGGUGUCCUGAAGCAAGAGAAUUGAAUCUUCCAUCGUAUAGAGCCGCUUUUGUAUUUCUUUCCCGAGUGCCGUUGGACGUUGUACACGAAUUCCUGAGAAUGAGAUUAGAACAGAAGCCGGAACAGCCUAGUCCGUUAUCGGUUCGACAACUUAUGCGUGAACUCAGGGAAGGUCUUAGAAUUGCGUGUAUACAUCGUGACAGAUUUGCUGCUCAUUCUUGUGCAGCGGUCGGUAGCGAUGCUGAUACUUGCAACCAUUUGUUCCAAGAAAAUGUAAAAGACUUUGAUGAAAGUUUGAAAGCUGUUUUCGAAGUAUAUCUUGACUAUUUACAACAGUGGGUAGAUAUGGUACAGCAUGAUAGUUUUCAUAAGAACUUGAUCAUGGAUGAGUGGAUAUUUGUAAAAUCGAUCGCAGGAAAUAUAUCGGAUGGGUACAAAAUUGCUGGUGUGAAAUUUUGUGAAAUCGCCAGAACGAUGAUCAAGCAAGUCAAAGAAUUCCUUAACGAAAGACCUCGAGAGAUUAAUGAGAGUACAGAGGAUUGGAACGACGAUGACUGGUUAAACAAAUUACAAGUUAUAUUCGUGGGUCGUGAAUGGCAAGGGAUGUUCGUGGAGGCUCGAGAAAAGGUCGUCAAAAGUGUCACCCUUGCUAGAUGUGUACAACGUGACAUCGAAAAAUGGCCUGUUUUCACCAAGGUGUUGGAAGAAUCAUUAGUAGAUUUAAGGGAAAGAGUUUUGGAUCUACGACAUCAGAUAACAAGUGUUAUUAAGAAUUUUCAACAUGACAUUGAAGAAGUAGAAGAACCAAAGGCUGAAUGUGAUAGAUUUGCUAUGCGUUCAAGAAUAAGAGAAAUACUUCACCAGGCUUAUCGAAUGGGAUUUGACUAUCAUAAAGAGACAUGUAAAUUAUUUGCGCUUGGAGACAAGGCUGUUUUAGCGCGAAGUUUAGUUUCUUUUGCUCUUUUGUGGAUGGAAUUCGUCAGAACACGCUGUGAACGCGGGAGGGGUUUAAGACCUAGAUGGGCAAACCAAGGUUUAGAAUUUUUAAUUACGGUAUGCGAACCGCAUAACACCAAACAUUUGACCGAUGACGAAUUUGAAGAAUUGAAAACAUGUAUGGAUCGUUGUAUAUCACACGUUGUCGGAAGUGCCAAUACUGGCGCGCACGUAGAAGCAGAAAACUUAAGAAGAUUAUCUCGCUCGAGAGCCUCGUCACCUUGUCAUACUAGAAGCAGAACUGCAAGUCUAAGUCUUUCUCAGAAGCCUAAAGAUAUUUUUAAAUCUCCUGAUACCACGUUAAAUCUUAAAAAGUCCUCGCCAAGCGCAAUCGAUGGAAAUGUAGGCGUGAUUUUAAACACGCCUGAUCGUUCGGUAUCCAGACAAGAGCGAGUUAUUCGCGCUAUUACAAAGGUGGAAUCGGAAAUUGACGAAAGGCUCAGGAGCCGUGAACUUAUUGGUCUAGUUACAGAUAGGAAAGCUGUCGAUAGAGUGCGUAUCAAAGCAAGAAGAGUUACUUUUACCUGGCAAAGAGGCAUUAAAAUAGGCCAAGGAAGAUUUGGUAAGGUGUAUACAGUAGUGAACAAUCAAACUGGCGAAUUAUUAGCAAUGAAAGAAGUUCAAUUACAACCGGGCGACCAUCGAGCGAUUAGGCGGGUUGCCGAGGAAUUACAAAUAUUUGAAGGAAUUCAACACAAACAUCUAGUCCGAUACUAUGGUCUGGAAAUACAUCGUGAGGAAAUGUUAAUCUUUAUGGAAUUUUGCGCCGAAGGAACUUUGGAAAGUCUAGUAGCGGGCAGCGGAACUGGUUUGCCGGAAUCGUUAGUUCGAAAAUAUACUCAUCAACUUUUAUCAGCUGUAGCUGUCCUUCAUUCUCAUGGAAUAGUACAUCGUGACAUUAAAUCCGCAAAUAUUUUUUUAACGGAUGAGGCUAAUUGUUUGAAACUUGGAGAUUUUGGAAGCGCUGUACAAAUUAAAGCUCACACUACGAUGCCUGGGGAAUUACAAGGUUUUGUUGGCACUCAAGCUUACAUGGCGCCAGAAGUAUUUAUGAAAUCGGAGACUGGCGGUCAUGGUAGAGCCGCUGAUAUAUGGUCGGUUGGUUGUUGCAUCAUAGAAAUGGCUAGUGGACGACGACCUUGGUCAGAUUAUGAUUCUAAUUAUCAAAUUAUGUUUAAGGUCGGAAUGGGUGAAACACCAACGUUGCCAAAAAAUCUUUGUGUCGAAGGCAUCGACUUGAUCAAUAAGUGCUUGCAACAUGACCCAAAGAAACGAUUAACUGCGCAUGCCUUACUUACAUUACCGUUUGCGCAAGCAUACGAAGAUGUUAAUGCUGACUUAGCGGUACUGCGCCAUCAAGCAUAAUAUAAGAGUUGAAUUAAACAUUUCAACUUGAAAUAAUUACGAGUUUUAUAAUAUUGUCAUCUUCAUCAGGUUAAAUAUAUUACUUAGUUUUACCCUCAGUUACCCCACGGAUACAAAAUGGAACCAACAAAUCUUCCGAUCUCCCGGAUUUGGCUGCUUCGGGAGAACCGAUGAUGGUUCCGUGGUAGACUACAUACCUGAGCCUCAUACUUUUUCCCUCCAGCUCCAAACCUCCUUUUUCUGCUCAUAUGGAAAUCCUAUAAAUUUCAAAAAUACAUGGACUCAUAGUGAUCCCCGUGGGUUAACUCAAGGUUAAUACCAAAAGUACUUGUAGAAGCCCAAGUCUCUCGAUUAUUUUAAUGUUUUUUCUUGACAAUUCUAUUAUUUAGAUGGCUGUGCAGUUUUUAAUACAUAGAAUUAUGUUAUUGUUGUAUGUAAAAUAGAUAUUCAUUUAUUACAAAAAUUUCGUUUCUCAGUCUCGAGGUGAAAAUGAUUAUUCAGCAAUUUUCGUAAGUAUACACUACAGUAGAGAACAAUUUUAUCUAGGUAACGAAUAAGAAUAACGAAUAUUUUAUUUAGAUACAAAUUUAAUCGUAUUACGUAAAUGGACAAAUAAGUAUGUAUUUGCUACGCAAACGAUCUAUUCCGUUUUAGAGCUUUAUGUUAUGUACUUUAACAAUGAUGAAAAUCGCCGCAUUGUUAGAAAAAAUGUAAUUCAAUUAACAAAUGUAAUCUUUAAUCCCAAUUACAAAUAAUUUGUUAUCUUUUAUAACUACCGACUACAAUUACGAUUGUAAUUGUUACACAAUGCAAUUUUAGUGUGUUAAAUGUUGAUUCGAUUACAUUUUAUUUAACGUUGCGUCGAUCUUUCCAAAAUAAAGAUACACGGUGUCUGUAUCGUUCAUAUAUCGAAUAAGUACUUAUUCACUCAUUUACGUUAUUCCAAUAAAUUUUUGUGUAGAUAAAGUUUUCUAGCGAGAGAAGGAUCAAAGUUUUAUCCAACAAGUGAAACGAUUUUAUCUAGAUUCUAUAUUUGUUCAAAUAACGCCGUGUUCCAGCACGUACCGCCUAAUGUAACUAAAGUUGUUCAUAAAAUGUUUGAAAGACUACAGCAAAAUAUUAUGCAGCUGUUAACAUAUAUAAAUUAAAAUUAACAUUCCAAUCCCGAGAGAGGUAUUUGUAUAAUAUAUUCACAAGUGUACUUUAAAUUAUUUUCUAAUCCUUUCCUUUUAGUCAAGCAAUGUACUGUAACUGGUGUAAACACUAUAUUGUAAAUGGAAUAAAAUAGUUACAAAGAUGAUGUCACAAUAGUGUUUAUUUUGCACAAGGAAACGUACACAUAAUACAACAUACUUGGUUUAAAUUAAUUACAGAGGUAUGUCGUGUAUGCUUUCUGUAUAAACAGAAAGCGAAGUGUGCUUACAAGUUUAAUAAUCAUUAGAUAUAUCGCAUACGAAGACGACUAUUUCGCGAACAAUGUUUUACUCACGAUUUCUUGGUCGUUAUCGACAGUUACAAUUCUUAUCAAUUACGUUACUAUCACAUUUUAUAAUUCAUAUGUAUAAUUUCACGCUAGCGAUAGUUGUCUUCGUACGAUUAUUUUUUUUUAGAAGUUUGACCGAACUUUCGAUAUAUACGGUUCAGUUAACUUCAUUUUAUAAGCAAUUCUAUCAGUUACAAGGACGUGUCCUAUUUGAUAAAAUCGUCGCUACGGUGGCUUUCGCCUGAUAUGCGCGAUAUUCUUGGCCGCAAAGGUGCAAUCGCAAUGAUUUUGCGAUACCUAUGAGUAUUUUAAAUAACAUACUAUUUUACCUUACAUCUAAUAGGUAUUUGUAUCUUAAACUAAUACAGAACACUUUCAUAUAUCGUACACAUAUGCGCGGAAUAUCUAUACAUUCUCUUAUGCGUAAAUGCGUAUUUGUUGAUAUGUGCAUACCUGUAUGCAUAGUUGCUUAUGUAUAUAAUUGCAUAUAAUUUUAUUUAGUAACGAUUCAAGGAACCUUCUCAAUUCCUCGCGCCAUUUAAAGAUUCAUUCAGCGAUAAGAAAAAGCAGAACAUCUUAGAGUUUUUAUAUAAAAUUUCUGAUCAACUAGUACUAGCGAUUCGGGCGAACAUUUGUCCGCUUAUUUGAAAUAUAUUUCCAUAAAACAAUCAACCAAAUAUUUGUUUACCGUCGAUAAGAUUGCUAAGAUUAUUUGUUUCAGUUAGAAUUAAUUAUUUAAAUAAUUAAUUUAGAGGUGUUGUAUCAGUAAAUACUAUUUAAAAAUUAUAUGAACCGCGUUAUACGUUAUACAGUGAUUCAUUAUGGAACCGCUAAAGAGUAUUAACAAAUUUUCCAACUGUUCGUUGGUAAAAUUAAAUCACUGACUAAUACUCGAUAAUAAAUCCAUCGUAUAACGACAAUAUACACAUACAUUUAGAUGGGAACUUACAUAAAGCCGCGUACAGACUCAAAAGCCAAGGCGACCGGAGGCAACAUAAGUUCGGAUCUCGCGAGUGCCAACGCGCGCCAAGAUUCGAGCUCGCGCGGGUUCGAUUCGCUUGGCUCUUCGGUCUGUACGCGACGCGAUACACGUGUCUGUACAGAGGAAGUAAUUUACAAUAGAGUUAACGAACUUCGUAAAAUAUCGAUAAUGUCAACAGAUGCGUGUACUUGUGUGUAUUCGGGUCCCAUGGAAAUGACCGACACAGAUUUCGUCGAGGAGAAUUCACUGACGGUAGUUUCGACCAACACCAAUAUUAAUCGCGAUAUACAUUCUCUGCGUGGACAAUUACAUGCGUUAUAGUAGAUAAAUCUUUAAGUUAAACGCAGAAAAUGUAUAUCAAUAUUGCUGUCGAUCAAAUCUAUGUGGUAUCGGCGAAAUCUGUAUCAGUAAUUUCUAUGGGACUCACGUAAUCACGUAUCCACUAAUUGUAAGUUACAAAUACAGUAAACUCUGCUCGUUCGUUACAACCGAGCAAGCGUAACGACGUCAGCACGCGGAUAGCACCGACCGAUAGCAUUUAUACGUUUCGGGUUGAUAAAGUUAAAUCUUUCGCUAUCGAUAGAGUUUGGUACUUAAGAGAAGUAGCUCUAGUUACAGUAGUUAUUAGACGUAGAAGAUUAAAGUGAUAGACAGAUAGAGCUAUCGUCGACGUUCGCCGGUCUAUCAAAGAAGGGCGAAUCGCCGACCUACCUAAGAAUUGGACAGGAAUGUACUGUGCGGGGGCCAACACACGAACGAUUGGCCACGUUUAAAAUGUGUUUGCAACAGACGAGGUCCGUGCGCUAGAAAUCUCUUCUCUACUUAACGUGGUUAGUUUCUCAGUCUCUAAUCGUCUAUUCUGUCUCUUCGUUGCGUCUAUUCGAUAUGUUGCACGGUCAAACUAUAGCGCGAGACAUAAUUAUAACCCACCCAAUGGUUUUGUUUAUGUUUUUUUUUUUUUUGUAUUUAGAGAUACACGAUUCUUAUCACGAGGGAUACCAUUCCCUUUUACAUCGUCACAAGAUCAGUAGAGAGCUGUGACAAUUUGGAAGGGAGGUAGUGCUCUCUAAUCAGAAAUUAUGAGGUUUGCGUAAUAGAAUUUACGGUGUAUGUUUAUGUAACGUAUAUGCUAUAUAAACCAUAUUCGGUUUAAAAGCAAUAAAUAAAUAAUAAUAGAAUUUACGGUGUAAAGCAGGGCUUCUUAAACUUUUGCGCAACCCAAAAGAUAUAAAAUAAGGAUACGUAAAUAUUUUGUGACGAUUUAUUGACUAGGUAACAAUAUAUACAUAAGAAAAAAGCAUGGUUUUAGAAUUUUUUUUAAAAA